AUGCAGUUAAAUAAGGGAAGGGUCUCUUUCCUAUUUAUUUCAUUUCAGUAUUAUGAAUGAAAGUGUGUUCUUAGAUUUUAGCCCAGAGAUUGAUAUUAUUCAGCACUGUUAAUAGUAGUUGCUAGGACGAGCUUUCCUAAGCUCGUAUACAUUAGUUCAAGAUGUCAGCAAGUGCUGUUUAUGUCUUGGAUUUAAAAGGAAAGGUGCUGGUGUGCCGAAAUUACCGUGGAGAUGUGGACAUGUCAGAGAUUGAGCAUUUCAUGACCCUUUUGAUGGACAAGGAGGAGGAAGGGACACUGUCACCAAUCCUUGCCCAUGGGGGAGUUCGUUUUAUGUGGAUCAAACACAAUAACCUUUACUUGGUUGCAACAUCUAAGAAAAAUGCAAGCGUUUCUCUGGUCUUCUCCUUUUUGUACAAAAUUGUUCAGGUUUUCUCAGAGUAUUUCAAAGAAUUGGAGGAGGAGAGCAUCAGGGACAACUUUGUCAUCAUAUACGAGCUGAUGGAUGAGCUCAUGGAUUUUGGCUACCCCCAAACCACUGACAGCAAGAUUUUGCAAGAAUACAUCACCCAGGAGGGACACAAGCUCGACACCGGCGCCCCCCGUCCCCCUGCCACAGUCACCAACGCCGUCUCCUGGAGGUCAGAGGGCAUCAAGUACAGGAAGAAUGAGGUCUUCCUGGACGUCAUUGAAUCAGUCAACCUUUUGGUUAGUGCCAAUGGUAAUGUUCUUCGCAGUGAGAUUGUUGGGUCCAUUAAGAUGCGUGUCUUCCUGUCUGGUAUGCCCGAGUUACGACUGGGCCUCAACGACAAGGUUCUGUUUGAAAAUACUGGACGUGGAAAGAGUAAAUCUGUAGAGCUGGAGGAUGUCAAGUUUCACCAGUGUGUGCGUUUAUCUCGCUUCGAGAACGAUCGCACAAUCUCCUUCAUCCCUCCUGAUGGAGAGUUUGAACUCAUGUCAUACCGCCUCAACACUCAUGUAAAGCCCUUGAUCUGGAUUGAAUCAGUCAUUGAGAAACAUUCCCACAGCCGCAUUGAGUACAUGAUCAAGGCGAAGAGUCAGUUCAAAAGGCGUUCUACAGCCAACAACGUGGAGAUUCACAUUCCUGUGCCAACGGAUGCUGACUCACCCAAAUUCAAGACCACAGUGGGCAGCGUGAAGUGGGUGCCUGAGAACAGUGAGAUCGUCUGGUCAAUCAAGUCUUUCCCCGGGGGUAAAGAGUAUUUGAUGCGAGCUCACUUUGGCCUGCCCAGCGUAGAAGCCGAAGACAAGGAGGGGAAGCCGCCAAUCAGUGUCAAGUUUGAAAUCCCGUACUUUACCACCUCAGGCAUUCAGGUGCGUUACCUGAAGAUCAUCGAGAAGAGCGGCUAUCAGGCCUUGCCGUGGGUGCGCUACAUCACUCAAAAUGGAGAUUACCAGCUCCGGACCCAGUAGGCAGCAGCGCCUCAGCAGGCGGUGGGCAGGUGGAAAUCUGAGGGGGCGGAGUCGAACCGCUAAUGCGCUAGCAAAGGCAGGUGUCAGUCACAAGACCAGAGGACUGUCAGUAUCAGCAUUUAUUUUAUUAUUUUUUUUUUUUUUGUUAUUUUUAAUUUCUGAUCAAUGCAAGUAUUAGAUAGGGCCUUUGAUUAAGCGGCGUUAGAAAGACAUGAUGUACUGUUGUGUGGCCAACAAAAGAGGAGUAAUGUUUACAUCCAAGCGAUACACUGAGUUGUACACAAUCAGUGAGUUAAAUGGGUUAAAAACACAUGUUACAAUUCUCUCAAGUUACUGUAAGUGCUCCACACACUCACCCGUCAAUCUAAAUCGACGUAUUUUUUUAUAUGAAGCUGCUUUGUUCUGCCACCGCUUCUAUUCGCUGAUUAUCUGUAUAUAUUUGUUACAUGUAAUGAACUUGAAUUCAGUGUUAGGCCCAUCUCAUAUCUGCCGUUAUUGAAUGUUUUUUAAUUUUUUCUCAUGAUCCGGUCAGAAGGGGACAGCUCUAAGUACAUCUAUUCACACCUGUUUUUUCUCCGUAUAAUACAACAUAAUCGCGUAACAUUUAGCCGAAGCGUUCGUCUCCUGCAGGCGUUUUGGAAGCAGAACAAGCUGUCAAGGUUAAGACCGGCUUUGUAACGUUUAUAUGUAAAUGCAUUAGGAAUAAAGAAACUGUCAAAGGAGCGAUGAUGAUACAUGACACGUUUUGGGGAUUUUUCAUGUAUAUAUAUAAAAAACUGAUUGUGCAGAUUUUAAGGUGGAAUGGUUUCUUUCCUGUUAUAUGAAUAUCAGUAUGACAACUUAAAGCUUCUCUCACACAACAGACGGUUUAGUGAUCCCCAAGUGGUUAAAUACAUGUAUGAAUUUCAACUGGAUUAUGUGACCUGUGAAGAUUUCAAUAUCUUCAGUUGGAGGAAAAAGUGUGAGGAAGCAGUUCAUAUAUAAAGCACUUACACAUACGUCUGUAGGCUUUGAACAUUUACACAUCUGCAAAACAUUGCCAGAUUAGAAUUUCUAAUAAAAAAAUCUGCACAUUCUUACAAGUACUGGCAGUCCUUAAACUCGAUUAACAGUGCCAAGUUGUCCAUUUCUAAUCCGGUUCUUUCUUGUACUUGGAGCUGUCCACUUGUGUUUCAGAUGCUGAAAAGAACAUGUUAAUGCCACGUCUGAACAUGGCCUUAGUUACAUAAAAGCAAAGUUGUGUUUUUGUAGUAUCACCUCUGUCUCAUGCCAUCGAUAACAUGCCAUAGCGAAGCCCUCCCGUGGCUGUUGUACUUGUGACUUUGAUAUUCAGCUUGGCAGAGAAACGUAAAACGGUCGGUGAGUUUCAGUUGCACAGUAAACAACACACCCGUUGUUUAGAAUCCCUCUUUUCCACCCGACACCUGUUUCCCUUCCCCUGUCUGUAACCACACUGUUUUAAAUCAUUAAAUUUCUAUUUAG